CUAGUCCUGACUUGAGUUUCUGAUGAGGAAGCCCCUCCCCUUAACCUUCAGCCAUUCCUCCCACCCUGCCAUAAAGUAAUUUGAUCCUCAGGAAUUUAUACCACACCCCAUUGGUCCCCAGCUAAUUCACCAAUUUACAAACAGCAGGAAAUAGAAACUUAAGAGAAACACACACUUCUGAGAAACUGAAACAACAGGGGAAAGGGGGCUCACUCAGCACCGUCCCAGCAUCCGGACACCACAGCGGCCCUUCGCUCCACGCGGAAAACCACACUUCUCAAACCUUCACUCAACACUUCCUUCCCCAAAGCCAGAAGAUGCACAAGGAGGAGCACGAGGUGGCUGUGCUGGGGGCACCCCCCAGCACCAUCCUUCCAAGGUCCACCGUGAUCAACAUCCACAGCGAGACCUCCGUGCCCGACCAUGUCGUCUGGUCCCUGUUCAACACCCUCUUCUUGAACUGGUGCUGCCUGGGCUUCAUAGCAUACGCCUACUCCGUGAAGUCUAGGGACAGGAAGAUGGUUGGCGACCUGACCGGGGCCCAGGCCUAUGCCUCCACCGCCAAGUGCCUGAACAUCUGGGCCCUGAUUCUGGGCAUCCUCAUGACCAUUGGAUUCAUCCUGUUGCUGGUGUUUGGCUCUGUGACAGUCUACCAUAUUAUGUUACAGAUAAUACAGGAAAAACGGGGUGACUAGUAGCUGCCCGUAGCCUGCAACCUUAGUACUCCACUGUGCAAUGCUGGCCCUGCACGCUGCGGCUGUUGGCCCUGCCCCCUUGGUCCUGCCCCUAGACACAGCAGUUUAUGCCCACACACCUGUCUACAGUGUCAUUCAAUAAAGUGCACGCGCUUGUGA